AUGAGCUUUUCAUCCUCCCCCAUCGCCGACUCAUUUCCCUCGACCCGGUACUCGUCCCCAAACCCAUCGCCAACCACCGAGUCGGGGGACCUCCCUAUUGAGGUGGACCAAUCGUUCAACUCGUCCAUGUCAAUAUCGGAGUCGCCCUACUUUUCGCCUACGCCCAACCACGCAAAGUAUCAGGCGUCUCCAUUAUCCGACACUCUUUCUCCGCCCCCGGCCAACCUCUUCGGAGCUAGAGUCAAGCGUCCAGAUCCCGUCCCGCUCCAACGCGGAUCGGCAGACCUGGGCGUCGGCCUGGACAUGAAGCGGGGGUUCGGGCGGGAAUUGAGUGGAAAUGCGGUCCAGGCAAGAGGGAAGGGCAUGAUGCUGCCCCCGGCGGUACCAGACAAGACGAAGCGAGGGGGUCUGCCUAUGCAGUGGAGCAGUAGUAACGAGGAGAACGGGGCGAAGCUAUUUCAGCCGCACAUGCCGAGGAGAGAAACGGAACCAUGGCCAUCACCCAAAUCCAGCACGUCCAGUAGGAAUGGGAUGGAAAUCGACUCGCCUGCCAACUCUGCUCGCAUGGACGGAUCAGUGAUCGGCGACUCGCCCGGCUUCGGCUCACUCUUCCACGACUCGCCAAUAGCUCCCCCUCAACAAAGCAAGCGUCGACCUCUCAUCACGGAAUCUCCCGCAUCGCCGUCCGGCUCCCCGUCGGCGAAGCGUACCUCGCUCGGCUCGCGCGGCAUGGAAAAGACUGUCUCGUCUGGACCCAUGCUCUUUGGCAGUACAGCGAUCCGGGGCAAUACUCUCGGCACCCGCCGUCCGCAGCCAUACAAGCGGCCUAUGCUCGCUCCGGUCAAUACUGCCGACACUCGGAUGCAGUCUUUCGGCUCGGCGGAUGCGGUGCUCUACCCCUCCCUUCCGGCCGGUUCGGCCCAGCUCGCGCCCUUUGCUCGAGCAAUGGCUGCACCGAUGCGUCGUGCCUAUUCCGUCUGCGACCAACCCAAUGUGCCCGAUAUCUCGGAAGACGAGUCGGAGUACGAAGCCUCCCCGUCCAAUCCGGGUGGACUGGGUCGGCCGGGCGGAGCGCGCCAAAAGCUGGGCGGGUCGAGAUUGGCCACGGGUGUCGAUGGCUCGCCGGGCGUCAAGCCUAUGCGGAGCAGCAUAGCCGUGCCGAUGGUAGCUGCGGACGGGGCGAGUCCGAUGCGGAAGGGCAAGUGGGCCAGCCCGUACGCGGGCAUGCCAGGGUUUGGGGAUAACGAAAUGGACGGCAAGAUCUUGCCGUGUCACAAGGUCAAGGAAGAUGGGCUGGUACGGAUCACACCUGAUACUCUCGACAGCCUUAUUUCCGGCCAGUACACCGACAAGAUCAAGCGGUAUCACAUUAUCGACUGUCGGUUCGACUAUGAAUACGCCGGCGGACAUAUCGCCGGCGCUAUCAACGUCAAGUCGAUGGACGCGCUGGAUGAGUUGUUGCUGCAGGAGGCUACGGGGGUGUAUCAGGAUGGGAUGGAUCUGCCUGUGCCGAGCAGGAGUGGGGAGUUGGAGGAUGGGGAACAGGUGGUGCUGGUGUUUCAUUGCGAGUUCUCGGCCAAGCGGGCGCCUACUUUUGCGAAACAUUUACGGUCAAGGGAUCGAACGGUCAACUCUGCUCUUUACCCCAAGAUCUUCUACCCCGAGAUUUACAUCUUGGAAGGGGGGUAUUGCGGAUUCUACCAGCAACAACCUAACCACUGCGAUCCACAAGGCUAUAUCCCUAUGGACGAUCCCCGACACUUUCAACGGCGGGAUUCCGACCUGCACGACUUUCGCAAAUUCGCACGUACCCGCUCCUUUACCUACGGCGAGACACAACCCGUCGCGCCUUCGCGAAGCGCACUUCCGUGCCCUCCCCUCGCCUUUGCCGCGGCCUCGGCGGCUCAGGGUCGGCGUAGUGGCCCCACUAUUGACGAGGACGACGAGCACGACUCGAGCCCGUCCGGCCCGUCGGGGGAUAGCGGGAUGGAGGCGAGUCCAUGUCCCCGUGUGUGCUCCAUGGGGACCGCACCUAUCUUUGGGAGCGCCAAGACGAGGACUCUAGGGCGGAUGGGGAUGGGACGGACGGCAUCGUACGCCGGGACAACAUUCGGUCGAUAA